AUACGAAACUAAGCCCAGUGAUCACUAACUUACAGUGCUGUGUUAUGUCGAAAUUUGAUCUGACAUCUUAGUCAUUAUGUUUCGGUUAGUUGACCAGUGAAGACGUAAAUGCUUUGUGUGUAGUGUAAUGUCGUUUUCUGAGAAUAUUCCAGGUAAACUUAGAUCAAGCGAUGAUUCCGAGGAAGAAAAUGAAGUCGAAGCAAUGCCUUCCUCGCCAGUGUUGAGUGAAAUGAUCAAGGAAGAAAUCCUUGAUGGAGAUUAUUCCAGGGAGCCUGCAGAGGAAGGAAUGGAAUUGAACUACCAGGAAGGAACAGACACACAGGGUAAUAAUGUGACCGAGAUGGAUUCUGCUUGGAAUAAGGCCAAAGAAGAAAAUGAUAGUGAUGGUGAAAACAAUCUAAAACGUCCUGCAAGCACUAGUCCUAGUGAAGAUGAACCCUCAUCAAAGAAACGGACAAAUGAGGUGGAUAAGCUUUGGAAAAAUGUGAAUGAUAAUCCCAAUGAUUUUCAGGCAUGGACAUUGUUAUUACAGCAUAUUGACCAAGUGAUUCCUGUAUUUCAGAGUGACCUAGAAUCAGGCAGGGAAGCCUAUGAUGGGUUUUUUGCUCGUUAUCCGUACUGCUAUGGUUACUGGAAAAAAUAUGCAGACCUUGAGAGAAGAAAAGGGACAAAGGACACAACUUUGAAGGUAUUUAAUCGGGGUCUGGAGGCCAUCCGGCUGAGUGUCGAUUUAUGGCUUCAUUAUAUGGAGUAUAUCACAGUUCAGUAUCCAGACGACGAGUUGUAUGUCCGUCAAGAAUUUGAGCGGGCUAUUGACACCUGUGGUCUGGAAUUCAAGUCUGAUAAACUUUGGGAGUCAUACAUAAACUGGGAGAGCACUGGGAAACGCUGGAAAAAUGUCACACAGUUGUAUGAAAGAAUCUUGGCCACACCAACUAGCAAAUACAUGCAUCAUUGGCAAAAGUUCCAGGACCAUGUCAAAAAGCAUUUACCAAGUGAAAUUGUUGGUGUAGAUGAGUUUCUCAGUGUGCGGCGAGCUGUGUUAUCAGAGCUCAACCGAUCUGAUAUUGAGACCCCAGAUGAGGCUCCCCCAGGUGUUGAGGCAGCUCCCGGCGACGAACAAGUUGGCACAAAUGAUGAAGAAACGAAGGCACUUCAAAGAAGUAUAAUCUCAGCACGUCAAAAAAUACAUGAAGCAAAUGCUGCAGAAGUGAAGGCACUUUGGAGCUAUGAAGAUGCCAUAAAGCGACCAUACUUCCACGUUAAACCCCUUGAAAAGAGUCAGCUCUCAGCGUGGAGAAAUUAUCUCGAAUAUGAAAUAAAACAAGCAAAAGAAGCUAGAAUUAGAGUGCUGUUUGAAAGAUGUUUGAUUGCCUGUGCCCUAUAUGAAGAAUUUUGGAUGAGGUAUGUCCGCUACUUGGAGGAAGUUGGAGCUGGUGAAGGUGAGAUCAGGGCUGUCUACCACAGAGCCUGUGACAUACACUUACGUGACAAAUUCAGACCACACCUGUCAUGGGCUGCUUUUGAGGAAGAAAAUGAUGGAGCAGACAGAGCCCUGCAGAUAUUAGCAGACGUUCAGGAAAGGGUGCCAGGUAGCCUAGAGGCAUGGAUGCAGGCAGCUGGUGUAGAACGUCGGAGAAACAACACAGAAGCAGCCAAAGAGAUGUUCAUGAAGUGUUUGGCUCAGUGCCAAGAAAGGGAUGAAAAAGAUGCCCACUCACAUGUUUCAUUGAAAUUGGCUCGGUUUUGUUCUUUGUUUGAAGGUGAUAAAGAAAAAGCAGUAGAGAUCUUGAAAGACGCUCACGAAUACAAUAAGAGCAAUAGCAGUGUCUUGUUGGCACUAGUUGAUCAUUCAUUAUCAUGCAAUCCUCCUCAAUUCAAAGAAGCUGAAGAAGCAUUGAAAGAAGGAAUUGAAUCUUGUCAGAGUCCUGGGACCAGGUUGAUGUUUGCGCACAGAUUAUUUCAUUUCAUGUCAGAAUGUGGCCAGGAAUCAAAUUGUGUUAGUGAAGGAUUGAGAAUCUUGAGAGAAGUACAACACGAAGUCAGACAAAUGGAUUCUGCAAUGGUAGAAGCAGACACAAGCAGUACAACCAGUAAACAGGGUGAAGCAUCAAGCAGUGGCAUCUCAGUUAUUGAACCCAGAAGAGACAAGCGCAACAGUCAAGAUAAGACUCCAGCAAGCACAGUCAAUGGCACUUCAACAACUUCAAGCCACAAAGUGUAA